AUGCCUGCCACCGGCUACCAGGGUUACAAAGUAAUCCGCCACCUGAAGGCUAUCAUGAUCUUGUUCCUGCUACUGCAUGGAAGCGACGGCAAGCAUGUAAUGUUCUUCGUUGACCUGAACGUGUAUUCGGGGAACUUUCAUGAUUGUCCUGCAGAGUACACCCACUUUACCAUCGCGGUUGACAUGCCACCUGGUCCUCGCUGGCAGAACUUCAGGAUCGCACGACUCACCGGUACGGUGUUUGUAUCCGGGGAGAUGGUCGGUUACUACAAGUAUUAUGGAAGAUUCAUUCCGUGUGUGAUGCUCCAGAAUAUAUCUCUCAUAACUCCUUCGAUUCGCGAGGAUACGCGGCUUUUACCUAGAAAGAGACGUGCUCUCGGUGAGCCGUACAUGAUGCAUUACAGCAUUCCUACCUCUACCGCCGACGACACUGCCUUCCCAGAGCCACCCUCCCAGUCCGUCUCUACACUCGUUCCUCAGUCACCCUCACCUGGGCCGCCUGAUUUACCGGGUUCGCCCUCAACGAUUGAAGAGAGCGACGAAGGGGACGAAGGUGGAGAUAGCGAAGACGGUGAAGGUGGAGAGGAUGGCGAAGAUAGCGAAGAUAGCAAAGAUAGCGAAGAUGACGAAGAUGAAGAGAAAGAGUAA